AUGUAUCGCCAGAUCAUCAUGGAUCCCCGAGACACGCAUUUUCUUCGAGUGUUUUGGUGCGAGCAACCAUCCGACCGCCUUCGUGUCCUAGAGCUUACCACGGUAACAUACGGGACAGCCUCCGCACCAUUCCAGGCAACCCGCUGUUUGCAACAAUUAGCCGAAGACGAAUCAACAGACUACCCUAUUGGAGCCCGUAUCGUGAAGGAGGAUUUCUACGUCGACGACGCCCUUUCGGGCGCAGACUCGCUUUCAGCUGCUGUUGAAGCAGUGAAGCAGCUGAAGGGCAUCAUGCAGAAAGGAGGUUUUUCGCUACACAAGUGGUGUUCCAACUCAAACGAGUUACUGGAACACAUUCCGACAGCUGAACAGGAGCAGCCAGCCGCUUUGGAAGAUUAUGGACCGAAUGGAGUAAUAAAGGUACUUGGCCUACUGUGGGACCCGAAAGCCGACAUUUUCCAAAUUGCCAGGCCAAUUCAGCGCAGUUUGAAGCAACCCGUCACGAAAAGGAUCAUUUAUUCCGAGGUGGCAAGACUGUUCGAUCCAUUAGGUCUUGUGUCACCAGUCAUCGUUGUUGCCAAACUACUUGUGCAGCGGCUCUGGCAAUGCAAGAUUGGAUGGGAUGAUCCAGUGAACGACCAAACGCAGAAGUUCUGGGAGGACUUCGCAAAUUCCUUGUCAGCUCUUGAAACGAUCGCUAUUCCCAGACGAAUUACCUUCGACGAAGCCGUAGACUACGAACUGCACGGAUUUGCCGAUGCAUCAUCAGUGGCGUAUGGUGCAUGUGUUUACGUACGAAGCCUUUUCUCCAACGGAUCAGCCAAAUUGAAACUGGUUACCAGCAAAUCCAAGGUGGCACCGCUUCACGAGUUAUCGACACCCCGAAAGGAGUUGUGUGCCGCACUACUACUGACUCGACUUGUUGAGAAGGUAGUCCAUGUCCUACAGAUGGAGUUUCGUCACGUCGUUCUCUGGUCAGACAGCCAAAUAGUUCUGGCUUGGAUGAAACGACCUGCACAUCGACUCAAGGUAUUUGUACGCAAUCGUAUCGCCGAAAUCAACAGUAAAACAGCAGAAUAUCAAUGGUGCUACAUUCGAACCACGGAGAACCCAGCGGACAUCGUUUCUAGAGGACUACUACCGAACGACUUGUGCAAAAGCAGUCUUUGGUGGUACAGCCCGUCAUUCCUUUCAAGCGUUGAGUACGAAGCAGAGGACAUCGAAGACAUCCCCGAGAACAUGCUUCCCGAAAUAACAACCGUCGAGACAGUUGCUACAGCAGUAGAAGAGGAGUUUCCAUUGUUUUCCCGAUUCAGCGACUUCAGGAAGAUUGAACGUGUGAUGGCUUUGGUACUCAGAUUCAUCUGCAACGCCCGUUUGAACGAAAAGUCAGAGUACCAAACAGCACGCCACGUUACUAUCACCGAGCUACGACAUACGAACCAUGAGCCAAAAAACGAUGCAGUCGAAGACAACGAAUCACCGAAGAAAGCUGUUGAAACUUCGUGUCAACCGGGGGGAGUAUGUUCCGUACGGAACGAGCCAAGCGACAACAACAACAACCACGAAUAG